AUGUUAAUAGAGGUAUUGCAAGCAUUGGUGCUGUUCAUUUGUUGUUAUCAAAACGUUUCAUCUCAGCAAGUCAACGUGACAAUAUUUACGGAAUCGAAAUGCAAAUAUUGUACUAAAUUGCUACAUGAACAAAUCUGGCCAUUUUAUGUACAACGACCAGGCAUAAUGAACAUUGAAAUAAUACCAUUUGGCAAAGGUUAUUGUGAUUAUUUUUCUAAUAGAACAUUCUUUUGCCAUUGUCAACACGGACAAGACGAAUGUGAUUUGAACAGAUUACAGAACUGCGCAAUUGCCUUCUUUCCUCAGAGAUACUUGGGCUUAGUGACAUGUGCUCAAGGCUUGUCUGAUUUAUAUGAGGCAUUUUCAAAAUGCUUAACAGGCCUAUCACAAAGUACAAGAUACAAAUUAAUUGACUGUGCUAUGACACAAACUGGCGAAGUUCUAAAUUAUUAUUCCAUGCUAAAUACUCAUCGAGCAGAUAUUAAAUUAUGGCCGGCAAUGUUUGUAAAUGGUAGAUAUUUUGAACGAGAAUAUCCAGCAGAAAUUGAAAUAUGUAGACACACGACGUGGUGUUAA